AGUACAGCGGACUUUGGAAUCGUAGGUACCUACAACUAACGCGGUGUUGGUGCGUUUCGUUUUCGUGAUUGUAUUAUUACUUUUAUUUAAUUUUCAAACCGCGUAGGACAAGCGUCGAUGGUGUACAAAAACGGUAUACGUGCAUAUCAUAUAUCGUAUUAGUUAUUUUUAUUAUUACUUUUCGAUUUAUAUCGACGAAACCUCUUCGUCGUCUCUGGAAUCAUCAUCAUCAUCAUAUUGAACCAAAAAUCGGCAUUGUUUAAUCCCUUCAUCCUGAUCGCACGCCACUACUCCGUUUGGUUAGGUGUGUUUUCGGGAAAUAGGUACUCGAGGUUUUUGAUUUUUCUCUGCUACAAUACCCUGAACGAAAUAAGAUUUUUGACUACCAUGGUCUAGAGUCUCUUUCUAUACCAGAGUUUCCUGUAAUGGCAUGACUGACUGCACAUUAUACUGUUGAUUAGGAAAAAUUCACGUUGACCGAUUUGGAUUUCAACAGCCAUGCAAAUAUAAAUAAAUGACUGAAAAUAAUACUAUGAUUUUACUUUUUAUUUUAUUUCAAACUUUAUUUGUUUAGUAGUCAAUAAAAAAUAAUUUAAAAAUGGCUGCACAUUGUUUUGAUCCUAACAAUAAAGCCAGUUGGUAUUUUGGACAAAUGUCACGAAUUGAAGCUUCUGAUCUAUUAAUGGGUGAACGAGAAUGUGGAACAUUUUUAAUUAGAGAUAGUCUCAGUAUUCAAGGAGACUAUGUGUUAUGUGUGAGGGAAGAUAGCAAAGUUAGUCAUUAUAUUAUCAAUAAAAUACAAGAAAAUAAUGAAACAAAAUAUCGAAUUGGUGAUCAGAUGUUUGCUGAUUUACCUAGUUUAUUAGCAUUUUAUAAAUUACAUUACCUCGACACAACUCCUCUUUUGAAACCUGCUGUUAAACCAAUAGAAAAAGUUGUUGCCAAAUAUGACUUUGUUGGAAAUGAUCAAGAUGAUCUACCAUUUAGAAAAGGAGAUAUUUUGACAAUUCUUGUAAAAGACGAAGAACAAUGGUGGACAGCUAAGAAUAUAAUGGGUCAAAUGGGUUCUAUUCCAGUUCCAUAUGUACAAAAAUAUGAUGGAAAUCCACCAUUACCAAUGAAAGACAAUAAUCAAAUUCCUGGAUCUAAUAAUGAGUCGACAUUAAGGCGGUCUAGUCUUCAAAAAAAAUUACCAGCUCUAGCUAGAGUUAAACAAGUUCGUGUACCAAAUGCCUACGACAAGACAGCAUUAAAACUUGAAAUUGGAGACAUUAUCAAAGUAACAAAAACUAAUAUUAAUGGUCAAUGGGAAGGAGAACUCAAUGGUAAAACCGGACAUUUUCCAUUUACUCAUGUGGAGUUUGUAGACUCUGAAAUGAAUGAUUGUAUAAGUGACAGUUAAUUUUAAUAUUUUUUUUUUAUAGCUUCUCAGUUUUCUUAGUUAUUUUUAAAAUAAUUUUCCCUAAUGGCAACUAACUAGAUAGGUUAAUACAGACAUAUUUUAUUAUAA